AUGGGGAACCUCGUAUCCGGGUUAUCAUCCGGAGAAUGCGCACAGACAACCAGCGAACCGAACCCUUGGUGGCAAGCCGGACUUGACACCGGAUAUUAUGUUACUUCUGUGUCGGUUACUUCAUCGCCCGAAUGCAAAAGAUGUUCUGAAGAUUUAACGUUACGAAAUCUGCUAGUUGAGGUGGGACACGUAACAGUGUCUUUCCAAGACAGCACUUGGGAGGGCGAGUUUGCCGCCAACCAUCAGACGUGCGUGUUUGUACCUGGUACCGUGCCCCACGAUACCACAGUCAACCUCACUUGCACUGCGCCUAUAUACGGGAAUUAUGUGCGGGUGACGUUACUGAGUGGUUCAGAUAACGCCACGUUAUCUGUAUGUAACCCGACAGUUCUCGGGCAACAAUCUCUGUGUGAAGACUCUUACACAACAUCCGUUGUCACACCAAGUGGUACAUUAACGUCCUCGAGCAGUAUAGCCACGGCGUCGCCUUCAACAAGUGAGCUUUCGAUCAGCAACACUGCAAGCUUAUCAACAGCCUCUGAACUUACAUCAACAUUAAACGUUCAUGGUACUCUUGUGUCCUCUUCGUCUACUGCGUCAUCAACGCCAGCUCUUUUUUCAUGGAUUUCCUCACGUUAUCCUAUUACAACCACUGAACCAUCAACAAGCCAAAUACAAAGCAUUGAAAUAACGAGUGCAUCAGGCUUUUCAAUGCCGAAGGCUGCAACCACAUGUACAUCAAGUUAUUCAAUGGCAAUUGCUGCAACCACGUUUACAUCAAGCUAUUCAAUGCCAUUUGCUGCAACCACGAGUUCAUCAAGCUAUUCAAUGCCGAAGGCUGUAACCACGAGUGCAUCAAGCAAUUCGAUGCCGAUUGCUGCAUCCACGAGUACAUCAAGCUAUUCAAUGCCGAAGGCUGCAACCAUGAGUGCAUCAAGCUAUUCAAUGCCAAUUGCUGCAACCACGAGUACAUCAAGCUAUUCAAUGCCGAAGGCUGUAGCCACGAGUACAUCAAACUAUUCAAUGCAGAAGGCUGUAACCACGAGUACAUCAAGCUAUUCAAUGCCGAAGGCUGUAACUACAAGUACAUCAAGCUAUUCAAUGCCGAAGGCUGAAACCACAAGUACAUCAAGUCAUUCAAUGCCGAAGGAUGUAACAACAAGUACAUCAAGCUAUUCAAUGCCAAUUGCUGCAACCACGAGUACAUCAAGCUAUUCAAUGCCAAUUGCUGUAACCACGAGUACAUCAAGCUAUUCAAUGCCGAAGGCUGUAACCACGAGUACAUCAAGCUAUUCAAUGCCGAAGGCUGUAACCACAAGUGCAUCAGGCUAUUCAAUACCAAAGGCUGUAACCACAAUGCCAGUCUGGUGUCCAUGCUCGUGUAAGCAGUACUGGCUUAUCCGGAACCUGACUAGUACCAACAAAACCACGGAUCAGGUAGGACUGGAGCUAGAACAAAGCCUCAAGGAAAUGACUGUUAAGAGGACGGAGACCAUAAUCGCCAAACGGAAGUUGGUCAGUGUGGAGGACCAGCGGACUUCCGCUAGGGUCGUGGGUACAGUCGGAAUGGCGUUCUUUAUCGCCGUAAUCUCGUUGCUAGUGCUGUCCGACCUGCCGGUGUUAGUAGGGAUCGUAAAGCGCAUGUUUAGGUACUUCCGGUCACACCGGAAGCAGCUAUCUCCACCAGUGACGCGAAAGUAA